UUUGAUUCCUUCUGCCAGAGUGUCUUUGGAAAGAGUUCUGUCUGCACCUCAGGCCUCAUCAAAGAUGCCGUGGAAGUUGAUGUAAGUUUGUUUUCAUCGAGCGACCUGUUUGUAUGCAGUAACUGUUAUAAAUGCUUAAUUUGAUUUAAAAAAAUGAAGAAAAACCUGUAAUCAGUUCAGAAAGAGAUAAAAGAAGAUUACAAGAAAGGGGCAUUUAGAACUUAACGUCUUCACCGAGAUUCGGCUGAAUCGGACUUUUCGAUUGCUGCGUCAAUCGAAAAUACAAUUGUGCAGUGGGGUGCUGCAAAAUCAUUGAAAUUUGAAAGUUUUCGUACCACUUCUACUUCUCCUGGAAAAAGAUGGUGAAAGGUCAUCCGAAGGAAGUGCAGGUCAUUCCAGUCAAAGGGAAAGUAUCUUUUCAGUCAUGCAGGAAAUUCCUGAAACUCCGUCAAAUGGUUUGUUUACCUUGCCCCCUCCUUCAUUUCAUUUGACAUCCACGCCAGUGACAGCCAACUCGCGCUUACAUUCAUCUCUACAAGUGGAGCCAUACAGAAGUUCAGCAGUAAAACUGGCGAUCUUUUAUCAAAGUAAAACAGUCAACAAAUGUUAA